AUGGCUCCCAUGACCUCUCACCCAAUCGCCACAAGCCACGUCUUCUCCACGAUACUCACGGCCCUCCUCCUCCUCAUCCAUUCUUCAGCCACAGCCACAGCCACAGCCUUGCCGGUCAACGUCUGGCCCAAACCCACCUCCAUAUCCUGGUCCUCCCCGUACACGAUCGCCACCCUCUCCCCAACCUUCCAAUUCGAUUCACCCUCAUCGCCAUCCAACCACUACCUCUCCGCCGCCGUCGCCCGCUACCACCGCCUCAUCUCCUCCGAGCGCCACCGCCCCAUAUACGACACCACCACCACCAACUUCUCCACAUCGCCCACUCCCCUCCAAUCCCUGUCCAUCUCCGUCGUCGACCUCGCCGCCCCGCUCAUUCAUGGCGUCGACGAGUCCUACACCCUCUCCAUCCCCAAUCACUCCGCAACCGCCGCAAAUCUCAGCGCCGCCACCGUGUGGGGGGCCAUGCGGGGGCUGGAGACCUUCUCCCAGCUGGUGUGGGGGGGCAGGCGGCGCGUGCCGGUCGGGGUGGAGAUCCGCGACGCUCCACUGUUCGGGCACAGAGGGUUUCUGCUGGACACGUCGAGGAAUUUCUAUCCGGUGGAGGAUAUCCUGAGGACGAUUAAGGCGAUGAGCCAUAACAAGAUGAAUGUCUUCCAUUGGCACAUCACGGACUCGCAUUCCUUCCCCCUGGAGCUGCCGUCGGAGCCGGGACUCGCCGCCAAAGGGGCGUACGGGCGCGGGAUGAGGUAUUCAGUUGCGGAUGUGGGUCGGGUCGUGCAGUACGGGUACGAGCAUGGGGUCCGGGUUGUGCCCGAGGUCGACACUCCCGCACACACGGGUUCCUGGGCCGGAGCCUACCCAGACAUAAUAACCUGCGCCGACAAGUUCUGGUGGCCGGCCGGCAGCCCAUGGGCCGACCGGUUAGCUGCGGAGCCAGGAACCGGGCAGCUCAACCCGCUCCACCCAAAAACCUACGAAGUCGUGGGGAACGUCAUAAACGACAUCGCAUCCAUGUUCCCGGAGCCAUUCUUCCACGGCGGCGCCGACGAGGUCACCCCGGGUUGCUGGAAAGCCGACCCGUCCAUCCAAUCCUUCCUCUCCCAACAAAACGGCACCCUCAGCCAAAUCCUCGAAACCUUCAUCAACAAGACGCUCCCCAUAAUCACAUCCCACAACAAGACCGCCGUGUACUGGGAAGACGUCAUCCUAGCUCCUGACGUCAAAGUCAACCCGGCUGUUUUUUCACCCGAGCACACCGUGUUCCAGACGUGGAACAACGGGCCCAACAACACCAAGCUGCUGACUGCGGCGGGGUACCGGGUCAUCGUCUCGUCGUGGGAGUUCUACUACCUGGACUGCGGCCACGGCGACUUCUUGGGAAUGAUUUCUAACAUUUUGAUGAAUGAAAACGUUGAUUUUUCUCCUCUUUAG